UCUCUCUCUCUCCCCACAAUAAAAUCACUCAUUUCUUUGAUUUUAACUUCGCUCUCCAAAACCAAAGGCUCCUGACCUCAGUUCCCUCUCUCUCUCUCUAUCUCUCUCUAAGGUUAGGGUUUUGUUGACGUAACAGAUGGGGCAGCAAUCGUUGAUCUACAGCUUCGUGGCGAGAGGGACGGUGAUUUUGGCAGACUUCACGGAGUUCACCGGCAACUUUACCAGCAUAGCAGCUCAGUGCCUCCAGAAACUUCCGGCCACCAACAACAAGUUCACCUACAAUUGCGAUGGCCACACCUUCAACUACCUCGUCGAUAACGGCUUCACUUACUGUGUAGUUGCAGUUGAGUCUGUUGGCCGACAGGUUCCAAUUGCCUUUCUUGAGCGAAUCAAGGAGGAAUUUACCAAGAAAUAUGGUGGAGGAAAAGCUGCAACAGCAGUUGCCAAUAGCCUGAACAAGGAAUUUGGGCCCAAGUUGAAGGAGCAGAUGCAAUACUGUGUGGAUCACCCUGAGGAGGUCAGUAAGCUAGCGAAAGUGAAAGCUCAGGUUUCAGAAGUCAAAGGGGUAAUGAUGGAAAACAUAGAGAAGGUUCUUGACCGUGGAGAGAAAAUUGAGCUUUUGGUUGACAAAACUGAAAAUCUUCGCUCUCAGGCUCAAGAUUUCAGACAACAGGGAACCAAGAUGAGGAGGAAGAUGUGGUUGCAGAACAUGAAAAUUAAGCUGAUAGUGCUGGGUAUCUUGAUUGCCUUGAUUCUCAUCAUAGUAUUGUCCGUUUGUGGUGGCUUCAAAUGUCACUAGUUUCAUCGAUAAUGAUUUACCUAUACUUUUUUUUGUGUUGUUACCACUUUCUGCUAUAGUCUACAUCAUGAGACAGUGCUUGUAUAGUUUGUGCUUUGAAUUCUCUUGCUCGGUGUGUGUGGAAGUUUGUCAUUCCUUCUUGUCACACAGUAUUAUUAUUUUUUAUUUCAUGAAUGUCAGUCAAAUUAAGUUGGAAGUAAAUAAUUGCUUCACAGA